AAAAGAGGGGGUGUGUGUGAGCGAGACCCCUCCAUCCCCAGUCCUCUUCUGACUUGCCUGUCUCUCUUCCGUCUCCAGGACAACGUCGACGGGGGCGAUGUGGUGAACGGGGUGUCGGAGCCCAGCCCCACGGGGUCUCCAGGGGCAUCUCGAAAGGGCAAGGCCAGCCAGGCGGCAACCCUGCCGGCCAAGACGCAGCAGGACGCCGGGUCCACGUCCCAACUGGAGGGCUUCCUGCACCGCAAGCACGAGUGGGAGGGGCAUAACAAGAAGGCCUCAAGCAGGUCGUGGCACAACGUGUACUGUGUGAUCAACCAGCAAGAGAUGGGUUUCUAUAAGGACCAGAAGAGCGCCAGCCAGGGGAUCCCCUACCACAGCGAGAUCCCCGUCACCCUGAGGGACGCCGUCUGCGAGGUGGCGCUGGACUACAAGAAGAAGAAACAUGUCUUCAAACUCAAGAUCACUGACGGGAACGAGUAUCUCUUCCAAGCCAAAGACGACGAGGAGAUGAAUGUGUGGAUCUCCACCAUCUCGGCGGCGGUGCCGGGUGAUAAGGUGGAGGUGACGCCGAGCAGCCACAGCACGCCGGCCCCCCCCGCACGCGCUCAGACGCUGCCGGCCUCCGUCGCCACCGCGGCAACGGCGUCGGCGGCCGAGUCCAGCCCGGGCAAACGAGAGAAAGACAAGGAGAAGCGCUUCAGCCUGUUCAGCAAGAAGAAAUAGACGCUCCUCCUCCUCCUCUUCCUCCUCUUCCUCUCUGAAAGCGUGACUCCAGCAUGCCAGCUCCGAGCCAAAACUCUCCACUCUGUGCCUAUCAACCGCCGGUCGGCUCAGAGCGUCAGAACAGCCGCAACAACCCGCCUGUGUCCUCGGAUUCACCUUUUGUAAGAUAAGGAGCAGGAAAAACAGUAAAAACAAGAUUGGAUUGGAGAAUUAAAAACCAUAUUUAGGGGGGGUGGGGGGGUAUGCAAACGCUUCAGGCAACUGCUGUCAUGACAACAAUAAAAACCAGAGUUUGCCGCUGAACAACAACACGAUGUAGAGGAGUUCCCAGAUUUUUCCACUUUAUUAUUAUUCCAAUUAUUUGUGUUUUCUAUCUCCCGGCUUUUUUCGUCCACUGCUGCCUUUUGUGGGUUGUGUUUACGCCUCCAAUGUCUUGGUUUCUUUCUCUUUUUAGGGGGUUUGUGGGUGGGGGGGGGGUAGUUGUAGUUCCUGUAAGGGUCCAACCUCGGCUUUUGCGAGGCCUUGUCUUUGCAAGAUGAUGUGUAUCCCUCUGUAGUGGGGAAAACUGAGACCGCAGCGGGGUAAACCUCCGAAAUUACACCCCUCACGGGUCGGGAAUGUGAAGCUGGUGUGUGUGUGUCUGUGUGAAGGUCGAAAAAUACACAAUCAUGUUGUGAAAAAUGUAAAAAAAACAAUGUAUAUCCCGACACGUGUUGUACUGUAAAAACCAAAUCAUAGUACAAAACAAAAGCGCACUAGAACCGCAUUUUGUGCACUGAAUAAUCCAAUAAUCCCGCUUUUCUCUCGGUUACAUGUGUGCAAUAAACCUGUGGAAAGGGAAUGAUUAUUCCUUAGGGUCUGUUACGUUCCGGUGCUGUCUAAUUCCUGCAGCUUCACACAAAGAAAGAAAGAAAGCUGUAAUUCGGGGCGUUACCCUGCGGUGCUUUGAGCUGUGUGUAUAACUUGUGUAUAACAAUCUGUUGUUAAAUUAACCUGUUUAAUUCCACCUGUAUUAUUACUAAUAAGACCGACCGACCGUAAUAAGCUUCGAUUGAGCGUAACUUUCUUAACUUAACAAGUCUAAAUGAAGGAGCUAUCGAGUCUCGAUGCGUAACCAAGACCAGGAAGAAUGUGUAACUCAAAUUUAAAGCAUCCUGUAAGGUUUAUUUUCUACUCUGGUGACAUUUUUAAGAAGCUUUUUUCUUCCUUUAGCUAUUUGAACUCUGUUUUGGUCUCCUCCGGUCUGUAUUUUCCACGGUUAUGUCUAUAGUUUAGUAUGGAGACGUACGUAGAUAUACUAUAACAACUAAAUUGCUUUAAGCGUUGCUGUUUAGUGGACAAGUUGGUUCUAUAAAAGCAUUUACUGGAAGUGAGUCAUGUUGCAGAGUAAUGGCCGCUUGCUUGUUGGCUUCAGCGCUCCAUUUUUAAACAUUUUUUUCUGACUUUUGCUGCCGAUGAAGUGAAAUGUGUUGAGUUAUAUUGUUUGGAUGCUUUUUAAUAUGGAAGUUCUUUAAUGACAAAAUGAACAGAGACAGAUUUCCGCUGUAAUAAAUCUGCGAGUUAAGAUUCGAGAGCAUGUAGAAACAGAUUUUCUAGCAUGGUUUUGGCAAUUUUUAAGUACCGACUUGUGACUUUUAGUAAGGUUAAGAGACCUAAUGUGUGACCCGCCUUCCUGUUGCAUGUUAUCUUUAAAUCAGCAUGCUGUAGUUUUUGGUAGCUUGUUACCUUUGCGUGCCAAACCUUGAAGCACUCUUAUUUUAUUUGACCCAAUUUAAAGUAUCAAACUAUCAAUUUCAAAGCCGUUUUUGGGGGAAUAAGUGCACUAAUCAACGUGUGGCUGUCGCACGAUUGGAUGAAUUUCAUAAUCAACGAGUUUAUCUCUAACUCAACGUAACACACGAUUGGAAAAGGACGACUCAACCGAAAUGUUUCAUACAAAAUCUGCCAAAAUAGCCAACAAAAAAGGUGUUUCAAUCUCAAACUUAACCCCAUAUUCAAGCUGUUAUAACCUGCUUAAUUAAAGCUUGAAUUUGUUUAAUGCUCACUCGCAAUUUUGUCAUUAAUUAACUUCCAUACAGGCC